AUGACAAAGGAAGUGUCGGGAUCACCUGAACGUAAAAGACAACGACUCUCUUCACCCACAUACGAUGAUCAGGUCGAAGGCUUCACCCAGGAGGACUUGGCCGCAUUUGAUGAGAUAGAGUUACGGUUAUCACAGCCAACGAAUAGUUCACGUCCGCCUGUUGCGCAUUUGAACUUUGACGAACAUGAAAACUUUGAAACCCCCAGUGUGUCACGAAUAAAGAGGAACCUUGACUGGCAUAGUUCACAACCAAAUGAAUCGACUUCGUUUCCAGGUUUCACCUCUGCAAAUGCCAUCGACUCCAACCUCCGAGAUGACCCAGAAAAUCCUUUCACCAUAGGCUCUUCCAAAACCACGAAAGAACGGUCUAUGUCUGCAUUUACUCCACCUCUCUUGGGCUUUGCCUCUGCAUCAAAGCUUUUAGAGGAAUCCCGGCACUUCGAACGGUCACCGUCACCUGAAGAACCACCUCCCGAACCAAAUUACGAUGGCUGGUUUAAACCAGCUCCUAUAGGUGCACCUAUGGGCUUCCAAACCGCAGCUUUUGCCUCUACCGCCUCGGCGAUCCCAGCUUUCCGGAAAGCAUCUACAAUAGCGAAUACCGUCGAUGCUCCGAGCUCCCAGCCUCCUAGAGAAGAUUCAGACAUGGAUUCGUGGUUCAAGUCGGCACCAGCCAAUAUGCCUUUGCCUGGAUUUACAUCCGCAUCUGGACUACCUGGCUUUAAGAAACCGUCUAUCAAUACCAAGGGUGGCGGUGUUAUCCUCCCUUCAAAGGAGGCCUUGGCUAAAGCAAAAGCUUUACUCGAAUCUUGGGACAAUGAGGAGAACAUGGAAAUAAACAUGCCCGUAAAUAAUGAAAAUGACCAUGCUAUUGAAAAGCCGCAUAUAUUCCCUGGCCUUAAACCCGCUUCUGUCGACGAGUCUCUUCAGUCUCCUCAAAGAAAAGCCUUUUCCUCAGUGAUAAAUACUCCGAAGCCACCAGUAACACCUGGCUCUGGUUUUACACGGGCCUCGCUUUCAGCUGUACAACCAAAGAAUACUUCAUCACCGAGUCUGCAACAUCGCCCAGGUGCAUUUAAGCCGCCAUCGUUCAACGCACCAAGGCCCAGCCCAAUUGUUAAUUCACCUCUAAAUCCAAAUCGCAUGGCACCAUCACUAGGAUUUACAUCAGCUGCUGCUCAGCAUGGCCACCCGUUGUCAUUACCCCCCAUUGUCGCUUCACGCGCUGUUAAUGGAACACCAUCUUCAUUUACUACCCCAUUACGAGACAAGGCACCUCCGAGAAUCCGUACAACCCCUGCCCCUUUCAAGACUCCGUUCAAACCUGGUAUGGGCCCAGGCAGACCUGCUCGUCCUGCUCCCGUUCAAACACCUAAACCCAGCACGCCUCAGCAGCGACAUCUGGUUGGCAAUAUAGCGCCGGCGGCGAAAGAGCCUGUGAACCGCACCAUCAAUGAACGACUUUCAUCUAACCUUCCCAGAAAGACAUUUUUUAACUUGAGGCUGUAUCCACAAAGAUACAAUAUCCAGGACCUGGAAUACUUCGGAGUCAAUCACACCACUCUUGCCCAAAUCACGCCUGACACUGCGAUAUAUUACACCUUCCACACCACUGAGGCAACACCUCCGCCAAACACACCCUCCACGCCCAAAACUCUCCUCGACCCUGCGGCCGCGCUAAAGGAGCUACUGGAUCGUGGAUGUACGCUCGCGACGAAGCCAUGGGUGGAUAAUCAUUGGUGCUUGAUUCUGUGGAAGCUCGCGGGUAUGGUGAUGCUUGACCCGGAGAAAGAGGCGCAUCCAGAUACGACGAGAUGGCGCUGGGCGGAGGUGAUCAGGCAGCUGUUGUAUCGGUACGAACGUGAGCUAAAUGGCGGGACUAGACCACCACUUCGAAAGAUUGCGAACCAGGACGCUCCCCCUGCAUUUCCGUUGGUGUUAUGUGUUUCCAACAUCUUUUGGUCACCGCCUGGUAUGACGGAGGACGGGCUGCCUAUCGAGCCACACCCGGAGCUGGAGGUGACGGACGGAUGGUACAGACUACGAGCGCAAGUCGAUGCACCGAUGGCGCGCGCUGUAAGGAAAGGUGUGCUCUGUGUGGGGAGGAAGAUUGGUGUUGCUGGAGCAAAACUGGAGACAGAGAGGAAAGAGCCUAUGGAAAUUCUCGACGCGUAUAACUCGACGAAGCUUGUUUUUGCGGGCAACUCGUCACAUCUAAUGCCGUGGCAUGCGAAGCUGGGGUUCAUGCGCGGCCCGUGCAUCUCGACGCUGCAUAGUCUGACGCCGGACGGGGGUAUAGUGACGGCGUUAGAUUUCGUGAUUACCCAGGUCCAUGCUAUUGCGUUUAUUGAGAUGUUUGAGGGCGAGGAUGGGAAAAAGUAUCAAGAGGGUCCAUGGAAGGAGGCUGAGGAAAGCAGACUCAAUGAGCAAUGGAAAAAAAAAUACGAAAUGGAGGCUGCGAAGCUGAGAGCGGUGUACGAGAAGAAGACAGUACGGUAUCAAGGGUACAUUGACCGUCUGGAGAGGAAGGCAGGGGGUGGCUUCAAUCCAGGUGAAGAUGACUAUGCGCCGGACAACAUUGACUCGCUCUACGAUGAACUUGAGUACCCAGACUCUGCUGUCGCCGUUAUUGCACGUAUUUCUUCCCGGGAGGCUGGCUGGCUGGCGCGAUAUAUUCGCAAGCAGAUAGAAGAGGGUCACGAACGGAUAGCGGAGGAGAUUGAAAAGGAGCUCAUGACGAUAUGCCCCCCUCGAGACGUUCGCUCAUUCCGCGUGUUAAUUGUACAAGACGCACGUACAAUACGGCGACCAGCGAAUAGGAAGGCAAUGUUGACAGUGUGGAAUAUCCUUGGGAUCACAUUAGAAGAAGGGAGUCAGGCCGGUGACUUUCAGGUUGGACAGCGGUUCCUUGCUACUAACUUGGUACCGACAAGCGCGAGCGCGUGGAUGGACUGUGAGCCUGGCUCAGAGGUCUAUCUGUGUACGACGCGCAAUACACGGUGGACGAAGAUCAAGGGUACAGGCGCUGUUCCGAGUUGA